CGGCUGGGAAGAGUUCCUCGGCCUCGGCGCCUCCGUGUCCGACGCCGAGGUGGAGGCGCGCAUGGCGGACCAGAAGCCCGGCCACUGCUCCACGCUCAUCUACACCUCCGGCACCACCGGCGACCCCAAGGCGGUUAUGAUCUCGCACGACAACGUCACCUGGGUCACCCGCGCUAACAUCGCGCACCACCCCGACUUUGUCAACGGUCCCCUCCGCGUGGUCUCGUACCUGCCCCUCUCCCACAUCGCCGCGCAGAUCGUGGACAUCCACUCCCCGAUGGCCUACCUCGCGGACCACGGCCUCCCGUCCGAGGUUCACUUCGCCCGCCCCGACGCGCUCAAGGGCACCAUCAAGGACUCGCUCAUCAAGGCCAAGCCCACGGUGUUCUUCGCCGUGCCCCGCGUCUGGGAGAAGUUCGCCGAGGCGCUCCAGGCUGUGGGUAAGAAGACCACGGGGCUCAAGAAGACCAUCUCCACCUGGGCCAAGGGCCAGGGCAAACAGAUCCACGCCGCGUCCCAGUACAAGUCCAAGAAGUCGCACCCCUGGAUGGGCUUCCUCGCCAAGAAGAUCCUCACCAAGGUCAAGGCGGCCAUCGGCCUCGACUGCGCGCGCCUCUGCAUCUCCGGCGCCGCGCCCAUCUCCAAGCAGACCCUCGACUACUUCGGUACCCUCAACAUCCACAUCGUCGAGGUGUACGGCAUGUCCGAGAACACCGGCCCGCAGACGUGCGGCAUGAACAAGAAGUUCAUCGCGGGCACCUGCGGCCCCGUCAUCCCCGGCGCGGAGAUCAAGAUUGACCUCGCCAAGGGCGACAAGCCCGGCAACGGCGAGGUCUGCUUCCGCGGACGCCACGUCAUGAUGGGCUACAUGCACAACCAGGCCAAGACGAACGAGACGAUCGACGAGGACGGCUGGCUGAGGUCCGGCGACGUCGGCAUGAUCGAUCCGGACACGGACAUGCUCGCCAUCACCGGCCGCAUCAAGGAGCUCAUCAUCACCGCGGGCGGCGAGAACAUCGCGCCCGUUCCCGUCGAGGAUAAGCUCAAGGAGCUCCUUCCGGGCAUCUCCAACGCGAUGAUGAUUGGCGACAAGCGCAAGUACAACACCGUCCUCAUCACCCUCAGGCAGGUGCCCGACCCCAACGAGGACGGCGCCUUCACCGACGCGCUCUUCGGUAACUCGCUCGAGGUGUCCAAGGCCAAAACCGUGACCGAGGCCAAGGCUGAUCCCAAGUGGAAGGAGUACAUCGAGGCUGGCAUCGCGGGGUACAACAAGACCGCGGUGUCCAACGCCCAAAAGCUGCAGAAGUUCUACAUACUCGACACCGACUUCUCCGUGCCCGGCGGCGAGCUCACGGCGACGCAGAAGCUCAAGCGCAACGUGGUGGUGGAAAAGUACGCCAAGGAGAUCGAGUCGAUGUACUAAGUCGACCCACGAUGUCACGCACGCACCAAACACAUGUACAUAGCAAAUGAGACUCCCCUUAAUAAAAACACUAAAACGAAAGGG